AUGUUACGGAGCGCUCGCUGUCAGCUGCGCAAUCGCUGGUCCCCCAGCACCAGUACCAGUGCCAGCGCCCCUCCGCACGCGCCGUCGACGCGCCUCCUGCGACGCGGACAUGCCGCCGCCGCCACCGACCUCUCGAGCUUCCCGCGCGUCGGCGAGCAGCUCCAUGGCUUCACUCUCAAGCGCGUCAAGCAGGUGCCCGAGUUGGAGCUGACGGCGCUCGAGCUCCAGCACAACAAGACGGGCGCCGAAUACCUCCACAUCGCGCGCGACGAUGCCAACAAUGUCUUCUCCAUCGGCUUCAAGACGAACCCUCCUGAUGACACUGGCGUGCCGCACAUCCUCGAACACACCACCCUGUGCGGCAGUGUCAAGUAUCCGGUGCGCGAUCCCUUUUUCAAGAUGCUUCCACGCUCCCUCUCCAACUUCAUGAACGCCUUCACGUCCUCGGACCACACCACCUACCCGUUUGCAACCACCAACGCCCAGGAUUUCAGGAAUCUCAUGUCUGUAUAUCUCGAUGCAACGCUUCACCCGCUCCUGCAUGAAACCGACUUCACCCAGGAAGGCUGGCGCAUUGGUCCGGAGAACCCUUUAGCUGCGCAAGAAGAAGGCCCCGACGACGCCAAGCGUCUGGUCUUCAAAGGCGUUGUGUACAAUGAGAUGAAGGGCCAAAUGUCCGAUGCAAGCUACUUGUUCUACGUUCGCUUCCAGGACCACCUUUUUCCGGCCAUUAACAAUUCGGGUGGCGAUCCGCAGAAAAUCACCGACCUGACUUGGGAACAGCUGCGCAAGUUCCACGCCGAUCACUACCAUCCAAGUAACGCAAAAUUCUUGACAUACGGCAACAUGCCUUUGACAGAGCACUUGAAGGAAAUCAACCAGCGACUGCGUGCCUUCAACCAGAUUUCUGUGGAUCAUGAUGUAAAAAGCCCCAUAAAGCUCAACGGCCCAAGGCACGUGACGGUACCCGGACCAUUGGAUCCCCUCGUACCAGCAGAUCGCCAGCAUAAGACGUCGGUUACCUGGCUGAUGGGCGAUACUGCCGAUGUCCUAGAGAACUUUUCUUUAGGUGUAUUGAGCAGCCUGUUGAUGGAUGGAUACGGUUCGCCCUUGUAUCGCAACCUAAUCGAGUCGGGAUUAGGUGCUGACUUCAGCCCAAACACUGGCUACGACAGUGCUGGAAAGCUGGGCGUGUUUUCUGUGGGGUUGAAUGCCGUCAAAGAAGACGAUGUGCCAAAGGUUCGAGAAACCAUUGCAACGACGCUACUGGAAGCAAGGAAGAACGGUUUCGAUAGGAUCAAGAUCGAUGGAAUCUUGCACCAGCUAGAACUGUCGCUGAAACACAAGACUGCCCAUUUCGGCAUGAACAUGAUGCAAAGGUUGAAACCUGGCUGGUUUAAUGGUGUAGAUCCCAUGGCUGCACUUGCAUGGCAAGACACUGUAAAGGCAUUCCAAGAAAGACUUGCUCAAGGAGAUUACUUGGAAAAUCUGUUGGAUAAAUAUCUUCUCAACGACCGGACCCUGACCUUCACAAUGACACCAUCCGAGAGGUUUGCCCAGGAUCUAGUCGACGAGGAGAACGAGCGGCUUGCCGAAAAAAUCUCCGAAGUGACAAAACGAUUCUCUAGCCAAGAAGAGGCUCGAGAGUACUUGGAGAAACGCGAGCUUGAACUGCUUGAACUGCAAGAGAAUGCCAGAAAUCAAGAUCUCAGCUGCUUGCCCACUGUUCACGUAAAGGAUAUCCCUCGUGAGAAGGAACGCAAACCUCUUCGGUACAGCGAAGUUGACGGCGUAAAGGUGCAGUGGCGGGAAGCUCCGACCAAUGGGCUGACUUAUUUUCGUGCGGUUCACCAUCUGGAGAACUUACCGGAUGAGCUGAGGGAGAUGAUCCCAUUAUUUACCAGCGCCAUUAUGCGCCUGGGAACCCGCAACAAGAGCAUGGAGCAGCUCGAGGAACUGAUCAAGCUCAAAACUGGCGGAAUCACGGUGGGUCAUCACGCAUCACCUUCCCCGCUCGCUCUGCAACAAUUUGAGGAAGGCUUUUCCUUUUCUGGAUUUGCGUUAGAUCGGAACAUACCCGACAUGUACACGCUUCUUCGUACCAUCAUCAUGGAGACCAAUUUUGAUGGCCCGGAUACGGAAAAGAAAAUCCGUGAGCUGCUGCAAAGCUCUGCCAGCGGUGUAAUCAACUCCAUCGCCGAAUCAGGCCAUUCGUUCGCCAGGACCUUUGCCGAAGCCGGGCUCACACCCGUAGGUAGACUGGCCGAACAAACAGGAGGGCUGUCCCAAGUCAAGCUUACGGCGGCGCUCGCAGCACGUUCGAUGACUGAGUCACUCAGCGAUGUAAUCGCGAAGCUCAAGGCUAUUCAGUCGUUCACCAUCGCUCAUGGCAAUCAGCUUCGCGUUGCCCUUACAUGUGGCCCUGAGAGCUCAACGUCGAAUCAGGAAGCUUUGCAGCGCUUCCUUCGCUCAUUGCCGAAAAAUGCCACUCUUCCUCCUGCAUCAAAACACGCUGAAUACCCCCGGAAUGCCAAAUCUUUCUUUCCGCUUCCUUACCAAGUAUACUAUUCCGCAAGAGCCGUCCCAACAGUCCCCUAUACAGAUGCCUCCAGCGCAGCUCUCGAGACUCUCGCACAGCUGCUCACUCACAAGCAUCUGCACCACGAAAUCCGAGAAAAGGGUGGUGCCUACGGUGGAGGCGCUUACUCGCGUUCUUUGGGAGGCAUUUUCGGCAUGUACAGCUACCGUGAUCCCAAUCCACAGAACACGAUGAAGAUUAUGGCUGAGGCCGGACAAUGGGCACGUGACCGUGUUUGGACGGCGCAAGACCUUGAGGAAGCCAAACUCAGUGUCUUCCAGGGCUAUGAUGCGCCGCAAAGCGUAAGUCAAGAGGGCAUGCGAUUGUUCCUGUCCGGUAUCACAGACGACAUGCUCCAGACCAGAAGGGAGCGCCUGUUGGAUGUCACGGCCGAGCAGAUCCAGCGCGUUGCAGACGAAUUCCUCGUAAAACAAGUGUCUGAAAGUAGCGUUGCUAUUUUAGGCGAUAAGAAAGAUUGGGCCACGGAGAAAACUGGCUGGGACGUUCGAGACUUGCAUAUGGCGGAGAAAUUGGAGGAGCUUGCGCAGCAGACACCUGAUGAACCCAUCGCAGCGCCAUAG